AUGCCAUACGUUCGUGUUGAAGGCAGCGCAUUUCGCAACACGAACAACCCCAGCGGCGAGAGCAGCACCAAACAGUUUGCAUGCGCACUGCCUCACGGGCAGCUCGGAAGAGGCCCUUCUCUCCCCCGCCAGUUUGCCGCUGAUUCGCAGGAGGCUUCCAGGCGUCCGUCUGGAUUUAUUGCCCCUUUAGGGGUAGUCGUGCAAGGGCCAGCGAAGGAGUGCAGCAUCCCCAAUGCAGGAAGUUCGCUGCGCGCCGCAUGCGCAGGGAAGCCAAGCGCAGGGACUGUACAGACACCCGGUCGCCGGUGGCUGCAGCAGCAAACAGAGCGGCGGGAAAGGCACCUGCAGAAGCGUCAGCAGCUGCAGCGAGGCAGAAAGAAGGAGGCACAGCAGCAGUUGGGAUCCCCUUGGAAGGCAGCGAACUCCUUGAACGCCGAUGUCUCGGCGCUUGCUGCCUCUGCAGCUGCGGAGACAGCCGAGAGGGAGGCGGCCUUCCUCGCUGCUUUCCAGGGCGGCAUAGAGACAGCGCGAUCCACGACGGAGUUGCUGCAGCUCCUGCUGCUGUUCAGCGAUGUGCCUGCUGCUGUAAAAGGCUGCAGCAAACGUGCAAGCCCUCUUCCUCAUCAGCAACAGCCGCAGACUGAGCAGCAGCUGCUGCUGCAGCAGCACCAACGGCAAAAGCAGCUGCAUGCCAAUGCCAUUGUAGCGGGAGAUCUUGACGCCCUUCAGCAGCGUCCGACGAUCCCGCUGCCGCUCCUGUGCCGCUGCAUGCAGCGGCUUGCAGAGUUGGUGCUGCAGCAGCAACGACGGCGAGAGCGCCAUGAAGCUGCUGCAGCAGCAGCACAAGACAGCAGCACGCGCGGCAGCCUGAGCAGCAAGCUUGGCCGCAGAAGAUUGGUGCAGUCUGUGAGGCUGCUGCUGCACGAGAUCUCCCUGCAUGCGGCUUCUCUUUUCUCCUCGGAGGCGCAGCAGCAGCAAGAGCAGCAAGAGCAGCAGCAGGAGCAACUGACACUGCUGCUCUCCGUGGCACGUUCGUUGUAUGAAUGCGGAUUGACAGGCGUCCCCCCAGUACGGCAGCAGCAGCAGCAGCACUUUUUGCCGCCGUUCGUGAUUCAGCAGCUGCAACCUCUGGCGGAAGCUGCAGAGCUGCUGCUGCACCGCGCUGUGUCUGGACACCUCCACGUCAUGCAGCCGCAGCAGCUGUGCGAGGUUUUGCAGCUCUUCGAGCGCAUGCGCAGCAAGCAGUCCCAGCAGCAGCACCAACAGUGGCGGCAACAAGACGGCUUUCGCGUGUUGCUGCCACGUAAACAACAGCCACACGCCAUGCUGCUCCGAUGGAUUCCAGAAGCAAAUACAGCAGCCGCCCUUCUCAUGAGAGCAGCGAUCCAGAACGAGAUGCAUUGGCGUCAGCAGCAGCAGCGCCUGUUGACGCAGCCCUACUCUCCGGAAGGUUCUGCAUCGUGGCAGCUGCAGGAAAGGCAGCGUGAACUGGCUGCGUUUGCCACUGCCGCUAGAAGCGCUGCUGUAACACGCAUGCACUGGGCAUCGCAAUCGUUUCACGCAUUUGCUUGCCUCAGGGGACGAGACGGCUUGACUUUGGCAGACAGAGCUGCCGUCCUGAAUAAAUAUGUUGAGCUGCUCUCAAAGCAUACGGCAGCCGACAUGUCUUUCAGUGUCGCUUUAAGAAUGCUGCAUGCAGCGCAGCAGCUAGGCCUUCGAGAGGGUUCUGCAGUGCAGCAGGUGCUCGCAGCACUCAGGCAACAUACGCAUGCUUGGAGACGAGGCACCAGCAAAAUGCAACUCCUCAGGCUGGUGGCUGCUUUAAGCCACUUGCGCAUCUCGCCUGCCGAUCCUCUUCUCGCCGCGGUAGCUGCAGCGAUCAGCGCGCGCAUUCCUUCGGCAUCAUCAUCUUCUUCUUCUUCUUCAUCUUCAUCAUCUACUUCCAGCCGCGUGGCUGCGUGGUCAAUGGAAGAGCUCGCUUCGCUGUUGCGCCUCUUGGCACUUGUAGGCUACUUCCCUGAGGAUCUGUAUGCGAAGGCGCUCACCUCGCCACUGUGGGCUGUACUUGUGCAACCGCGCCAAGAGCAGCAGCAUGCGCAGCAGCAUGCGCAGCAGCAUGCGCAGCAGCAGCAUGCGCAGCAGCAGCAGCAUGGCGAUUCUUCUCACGCAUACGCAGCCUACGACACGCUGCGGCGUCCUCCAGCCGCAGCAGUCCACCUUUACGAGGCUCUCCUUGCCAGAUAUGUCCACGUGCAGAGGGAAAAUCACCAGGGGCACAUGGAGUCUUCUUGCUCUGCAGGAGACGCGUCAGCGGCAGCAGCGGCAGACGGCGGCAUAGUGCCACGCAUUGCUGCUUCUUGCGGCUGGCCUGUGGAAUGGGUUUCCUCCCUGCAUGCAGCCUUCUGUAAGGCGAAAAGCGACUUCUGUGCCUCAGACACGCAGCGGCGCGCUGUGGCUGUCUUGCAGCAGCCUCCCACCUUCGAAGGGGUAUCACCGGACAUAGGCGUGCAGCUGCCGCUGCAACAACAGGAGGGCUUUCUUGGGGGAGGCCUUAAGAAACUAGCUCUCCAAAUCGAGGGGCCUAGCAGGUGGAUAGCAAAUCCGAAUCCUAAAGAGUCUCCUUCGCUUGUACCGUCUGCUCAGCUCAGGAACAGGCUGUUGGAGGCCUUCGGGUGGCGCGUAGUGACACUCCCUUCUUCCCUACUGCCACUGAGAGACACUGCAGCAAACAAUGAAAAAAGCCUCCUGUAUCUUCUGCCGCAAGACGUGCAGCAGGCUAUCAAGCAGCACCAAGAGCAGCUCGACGCAGAGAAGGGACGGCGACAGCUUUCGCAAGCACAGGAGGAAAAGGUGUGUUUUACAUAG